AUGUCGGACACUCACUUGACUGUUCCACCUCAUGGCUACUUCGGUGGCGUGCGAGAGCCUGCUGAGGCCUCGAGCAGUCGGCCGUCAAUCCAUGGCCCAGCGCAGAUGUCAAGUUUUUCACGCCCACCACUUCCUGGUAAACUUCUUUCCUUAUAUGGUUCUUUGAAGUACCACGCUCACACUCUUAUAGGAACAGAAUUAGCAAUUAACAAUUAA